AUGCAGUCCUCCAAAGACGACCACCCCCACAAAGAUAACCCCCUCCCCGAAAUCCACCGGUACAUAACAACCCACACCACAGAAGGUGAAGCCGUCUUCCUCUCCCACGCACAGGUCCCCGACUACCUGCCCUCCCGACCUUCAGGCGAUGACGGGGAGAUUGCCCUCCUGUACGCGACAACUGCAACGCCGGCUUCGCUCGAGGAGGAAUCGGACGUUGCGAUGUACGACGAGUUCCUGCACCAGCCUCCAGGGCUAACCACGGAGACGGGAACUAUACUCCGGAUGGUGGAUCUGAGACCAGGGAAGAAAACACCGAUGCAUCGUCAUGUGAGCCUUGAUUAUGGAGUUGUGCUGGAGGGGGAUGUGGACUUGAUUCUUGAUUCGGGGGAGAGCAGACAGUUGCAUCGCGGGGAUGUUUGUAUUCAGCGGGGCACGGCCCAUCAGUUUCAGAAUAAGAAUAGCGAGGCGUGGUGUCGGAUAAUGUUUGUGUAUUUACCAAUCGAGAAGCUGAGAUACAAGGAGAGGGAGUUGGGCGAUGAGGUUUACGAUGAGGGCUAUGAGAACUCUGGCGAUGAAUAA